UCAUACACGCCCCCCCCCCCCCUCACACACCUCUCCCUUGCGAACAACCUCUCCUCUCGCCGCCGGUAGCCAUGGAAGCGGCCUUCAACUCGCUCUCGCCGGAGCUCCGCGACGCGCUCGUCAAGGUCGCCGUGUUCGUGCUCGUCCAGGGGCUGGUCUACCUGAUCCUCCGCAACUCGUCCAACGUCUUCUCCAAGGACAGCAGGCUCAGGUCCCUGAGCUUCCGGCAGAUGCGGUCCAUGAGCGUGAGGCGAGUGCUGGCGCCGCUCUCCGACGUCCCCGUCGGCACCGACGAGCCCUCGACUUCGCCGUCGUUGUAGUCGGCUGCGUCGCGCCGCAGGGCUAACUGUGAGGAUUGAAGUCAAGUGCCUGAAGCGGUUGCUUCUGCCCAGCUUGCUAGGUAGUUUGGAGAUUCUGAAUUGCCAUGGGUUCGUUAUGGUUGUUGGAAAUGGUAUUUGAGUUCUCAAGCUGAUUAGCUGAAAUCCUGUAGAUAUAUUGAUUGAAUUGAAUUUGAACACUGGACUAUUUGGUUCUUUACACCACGUUUGCUCUUUCUUCUUGUGAAUAUACUAGUUGUUGGCUUUUGUAUAAUGUGAAGAUAAUCUGGAACUUGAUGACU